AUGUCUGAAUCGGAAGACGAUAAACAACAGCAAAGGAGGACGCCACCGGUAUUCCUUGACUGUGAAAGUGCCACUGAAGAGGCCUUACAAACUUUCACCCAGAUCACCGCCUGUUCGUAUCAAAACAAGCUGAUUGGGGACCUGGGUCAAAAUGAAAACAUGACAUGCGACUGCCAUGAGAAGGUGGAAGAGACCACAAACGUAAACCACGCAUGUGGCGACGACAGCGGGUGCAUCAACCGGGCCACGUCGGUCGAGUGUAUGGCGGGCGCCUGCAAUUGUGGCGACAGAUGCCAGAACCAACGGUUCCAACGUUGUGAAUAUGCUGCCAUCAGCGUAUUUCAAACAGAAAAAAAGGGCUAUGGAGUUCGUGCUGACACCGCCCUCGACGAAGGCUCGUUCAUCUAUGAGUAUAUUGGUGAGGUGAUUGACGAGGCCACUUUUCGCCGCCGAAUGGUCGACUAUGACAGUCGGCAGUUAAGACACUUUUACUUUAUGAUGUUGAAGAAGGAUGCUUUCAUUGAUGCCACCGAAAAAGGAGCAUUGGCUCGGUUUGUCAACCACCUGUGCUCCCCCAAUGCCUACGUCGACAAGUGGGUUGUGGGAGACAAGCUUCGGAUGGGGAUUUUUGCAAAAAGACAUAUUGCCAGAGGUGAAGAAAUCACCUUUGACUACAAUGUAGAUAGGUAUGGUGCCCAACUGCAACCGUGUUAUUGUGGAGAACCCAACUGUAUCAAGUUCAUGGGUGGAAAGACCCAGACGGACGCGGCCCUCUUGUUGCCCGAUGGUAUUAGCGAAGCUUUGGGGGUGACUCCUCGUCACGAACGCCAGUGGUUAAAGGAAAAUAAGCACUUGCGGACCAAGCAGCAGAACAACGACGCCACCAUCAACGAGGCGUUCGUCAAGUCGGUGGAGGUGUCUGAGAUCGAGGAGCAGGAUGUGAACCGGGUCAUGGCUGCCAUGAUGAAGUCUCACGAUGCCAACAUCAACCGCAAAUUGGUGGAGAGAAUAUACUUGACCGACGACGAGAACGUCAACCGACAGAUUGUACGAAUGCACGGAUACAAAACAUUGCUGGCGUUGUUGAAGUCACAGACUACCGACCCCGAUACCACCGUGAAGAUUUUGAAGGUGCUUGCCAAAUGGCCCAAGAUGACCCGAAACAAGAUCCAGUCACUGCAAAUUGAGGACGUGGUGAAAGAUAUUCGGGCCCAUACUAACAACAGAGAGAUCCGCCUGUUACUGGUGGCGCUUUUGGAUGAGUGGGGCAAGUUGCAAAUGGCUUAUCGUAUUCCCAAGGUGAGCCACAGUGAUGCCGGUCAAAUUAGUUAUGGCCGGAACCCUCGUUCUCUGUCACCAGAAAAGUUGCAGGAUCCAAACCCCGUCAAGCACGAAGAACCAGAACCACAAGACCCUUCCAGCCAAACAGAACUUCCUCCCGGGUGGGAAUCUGCUUUGGAUCCCAACACCAAUACGAUGUACUAUUUCAACCGAGACCUUGGUGAGACCACCUGGGAAAGACCCCAGGUCAAGCCCAAGCUCAAGCUCAAGCCGGUGCCGGUACCUCGUGGCCCUCGGCAGGACUCGCCUCCCCAGCGGUCUACCAACAAUUACAAUGAGCUGCAGAUAGCUGAGAUGGAAGCCCAACGUCUUGAUCAGGAGAAACAAAUGCUCUGGCAACAAAAUCUAAAUAAGCAAAAGUCUUUGCAAGAGUUGAUUCUCCAGUCACAGCGUGAAGCUGAAGAAAGGAAAGCAAUGGACUUGAGAUUGAAACAAGAACUCACCGAUAAAGCCCGUGCCAGAGCCAAGGCCAAGUCCAAAGUCAAAGGAUCCAAGAGCUCUGGUACCACGUCGAGUGUGGAAAAGCGGUGGAGCUCUUUGUUUGCCAAGUAUGUGCCGAACUUGAUCAAGAAGCACACAGAAGAAAUUGGCAAAGACAACGUCAAGCAGUGUGCCAGAGAAAUGGUCAAGGUAUUGGUGAUGAAGGAAAUGAACAAGGACGCCACACGAGAGCCACCGGCCGAUUUCGAGAAGAGCAAGCUCAAGCAAGUUAAAGAGUUCACCGGUAGCUAUAUGGAUAAGUUUAUGAUCAAGUAUCGGCAGAAGCAUUCCAAAAGACAUGGUGAAGAAACAGAAGGUACCAUAAAACGAACAAAGUUGACGUAA